GUUCUAUCAACAAAAUUUUUCCCUUGUUUUUUUGUAUCUGGUUUAUUUAAAGUUUCCUUACUCACAUACUGGUUGAAAAAAAAAUGUUAAAAGUGUUUGUAACCAAUGGUAGAGCUGAUCAACAUGGAAUUCCUAGUUUUAUAAAUGAAUUAAAGGAUGAUUACCAAUGGGUGGGCAUUUCAGGAAAAUCGCAAGAAGAUGCUAAGAAUGAAUUAUAUCGAAUGAUUGAUACAAUCCCUAAUGGCUACAACAGAACAAUGUCAGGACUUUUAUAUGGAGCCUUAACUGACGACUUUCAAACAUAAUUUUUAACUUAAUUACUUUAGUAUUAUGAUUACAUCGGAGACCUGGAUAAAGAUGGUUAUGACCAUAUGAUAAUACUGUUGAAAAAAUUGGUCAGAUAUAAAU